AUGUCCAACGAGAUGAAGGUCAAAAAAGCCCACUUCCCCGGCCUCGCCUUGACCCAAGAAGAUCCCCGUCCUAACGGAGGACACUGUCCAAUCCGGUAUUCCCACCCGUCCACACCCCCUGCUCCUCUGCAACCCUCGCCUUUGCUCUAUACGAUCACCGGCGCAGCCCUGAGGCCUGCAGACCACUCGAAGGUCGGGUACGCGCGGGGAACUUUCGACUACGAGGUAGGCCCUGUUCUCGCUCUCUUCUUUUUUCAUCAUACCGUUGCAACGCGCAUGCACAUGCCGACCCCAUUCGGACCUAGCAACCACUUCUCACGACCAGGGUCUCCCAGCUAUCCACUUUCCCCCAGAUUCUUGACUUGCUUGCGCAGUAACUCUACUGACGGAGGUCCUCAUCCAUCCGGGUUUUCUGAUGGAAGCCCACUUCUAGUCGUUUGCCCCGUCCCAGCCCUGAGAACCUUGUCCGAACAUCCCGCCUAUACCCAUACAGCCGAAAGGCAUCAGGGUGCAACCACACGUACCCUCUACUCCGGCUUCUAUCUACAUAAAGUCUGCUCUCCCUCAGCUUUUCUCAGGCUCUCUCUUCUCCUCUGCUUCAUCCACACUCGCUUGUCUUUCAUACCGACACCUGAUACCCACUACCACCUUACACUCACAACCCACCAACAAGCAACAAUUAUCAAAAUGAAGUACGCGUAUGCUCUCGCUGCCCUGGCCGCUGUCGUCGCCGCCCAGGUUGACCCUACCAUCAUCCCCGAGUGCGCUCGUCAGUGCUUGCUGGACGCCACUGCCUCGGCCACCAGCUGCAAGGCGGGCGACUACGUCUGUUCCUGCGAGCCCGCCAACAAGUCUGCCAUCCAGGCCGCCGCCACUGGCUGCGUCGUCGGAGCCUGCGGUGCCGACGUUGCUCUGAACCAGGUCCUUCCCGCCUCCGACAAGCUUUGCGCCGCCGCUUCGGCCGGCUCUGGCAUGUCUGCCUCAGCUUCCGCCUCCUCCUCGGCCGCUGCCUCCUCGGCUGCCUCUGCUGCCUCUUCGGUCCCCCCCGCCAGCAUGCCUUCCGUUGCCUCCACCACGGCCGUGACCGUCACUGCCUCUCCCUCCGCCAGCAGCGUUGUCGUCACCUCUACCCGCGCCAGCAACGGCACCGCCUCUGCCUCUGGCACCGCUUCCGGUACCGCUGCCGCUACCACCUCCGCCGUCCAGGCUGGCGCUGCUGGCCUUGCCCCCAUCGGUGGUCUUGCCAUGCUGGUUCUCGGUGCUCUUGCCAUCUAA